AUGCUGCCACCCAUUUACAAUUCUUCGAAUGGGUUGUCGAAUGAUCGCCGUGGCAGUGGAGUCAACGGGGGCUUCUUGAAUGACAACAGGAAGCAAACUGUUGCGGGGCUGUCCUCUCCUAGUCGUAGUGUGCCCAAUGGUGUUUUGUCUGCAGCAUCAGGGUUGGAUCAAAUGGCAGAGCGUGUGCAUGCACUGGAACGCGAGAACGAACGCUUUCGGGAAGAAUUACAGCAUCUUCGACACAUCUCCUCAAACAACCAGCAACAGCAUGAAAACGACAAGCUCUCAGUCGGAAAAGUUGCUGAAGAUCUUCAACGGCUUGCCCAUUCCUUCAACACUAAACUCCAAGCAGACACGACUCACCAACAACGCGAACAGCAGAAGACAGCGUUGUUAUUCGCAGAGAUCGCGCGUCUUGGGCACCGAGUGGAGGGGUUAGAAAGUGAAUUAAGAGGCGUUGUCGAUGAUACUCAACGGAAGUUCGAUGCUCAGGAGCAGCACGCACAGUUCAUGGCGUCCGUUAGUUCGAAGCAGCAGCAUCAAGCUCAAUCACCGACCCGGACCGCAGAGCUUCAACGACAACUGAGGGACAUACAGGAUGCGAUGGUACAGCUUCGUAGUGAACUGGAUGCAGACCGCAGUGCAAGAUGGAAGAACGAUGCCGCUGUGGACGCCAAACUGGACGCUCAACUCGAGCGAUUGAACUCGAAGCUGACGACUGACAAGCGAGACUUAGCGCGUGCGCUGGACGAGCAACGGCAGCUCGUUACAGGGGCUGAUUUCCAGCGUGUGACCUCGCACAUGCGCGAAUUCUCACGCGUAAAUGACCAUCUAUUGGCGCUGGAACGAUGGCUACAUAGCGAGUUCGGACAGAUCAAGCGAGUUUUCCAAGCACUGGCAGGAGAUGUGGAUUCACGGUUCCAGUGUGUGCUAGUAGAAAUUGCCAAUGGGCUCAAGAUGUGGCACGCAGCACAGACACGACAGGAAGAAGAUGUGGGAGUGAGACUGCACGAUCUCGAGGAGGCUGUGCGAGCUGUAGCCGUUGCCAUGCAACGCAAGCUGCGUACACUGGAGGAAGUGAUACCAUUGGAAGUGCAAGCUCGACAGAAGAAUGAAGACAAGCUGCGAAGACGUGUGGAAGGUGUUGUAAAGGCUUUGGGCCAUGCAAUCGAGACUAGCAGAGGGGAGUAUUUGCCACAGCUUGCACAACGUGUGCACCAACUGGAGCUGAACCAGCGCAACUCUUUAGACGAGAUCCAAUCUGUGCUCGUCCAACGCAUGUAUCAACUAGAGGUUGUUCAGCAAAAUACUUUAGACGAGGUCAGUAUGCAGCAUAAUGCGAUGAGAGAGACGAUCCAAGCGUUCAUGGAGGACUCGGACGCGAUGCUGGUCAGGUUGGCCGUUGCUGUUGAACAAGAGCGAGUUAAGGGGAUACAACUUGCUACAGCGCGAGAGGCGUCAUCUCUGGAUAUUCCCAGCCAAUUUGCCGCUGAAACGGGACUCAUUAGAGAAGAACUAAGCGCUCUUCAAGUUCGGACAACGAUACAUGAACAGGAGUGUCGUCAGUCAACACAAGUUGCACCGGUGGUCGUACCUGCUGUACCAGUGGAAACUUAUUCGAAUGAGGACAUGAGAAUGGAAAGUAAACGAGUCAAGGAAGAGAUAAAAGCUCUACAAACUUGGGCAGCAAAGCAUGCACAGGAGUGUUUUCAAUCCCCACUAUCAUUAUCUGGAGUAGCGGCGUCUGUUGUUGGAGAAGUGGCGACUAAAAGCAUCAAGGAAGAGAUUGACGAACUACAGGCUUGGACGGUGAUGCACGCACAGGAAUGUCGUCAAUUCUUCGACUUCCUUCACUGGUCGAUGGAUGAUAUUCGUCGCGAUAGCGCAGUGGUACAAUGCUUGGACACUGUAAUCGACCAAAUUGUGGAGACGCAGGCUUGCGAACACUUGAACGCCCUGGCAAAGGAUAUUAAUGGGACAAUAAGGCAGAUCGGAGCGAGUUGGCCUGCAUCAACUGCGUCAUUAUUGACGGCUACACCUCCAAAAUGCAAGGCAAAGCGUGGCCGACCAAAUCGUGUGCAAUAUUCAGUGCAAUUACCAGGUCAGGGAAACACUCAGUCAGUUGAAAAGAAGGCAGAGAGUCCACACAGUGAGGGUGCCUCGGACAUGCUGGACUUGUCGAUGACGACGUAUUACGCCUCGGAUAUUGAUAUCCAUGGUGUGCAAAUGGACCAAACAACUGAGAAAGAAGAGAACAAAGUGGUUUCGAGUGCAAUCGACAAUCCGAUGGAAAGUGGCGAACAGGAAGAGCACCCUACAGCGUGCGUCAAUGACGAGGGAGAGGAUGAAUACAGCAUGGACACGACACAAGACGAAGAGAAUACAGUCAAUCACGCUGUUGUCACUCGCUCCAGCCUUGUUGAGCGCCCACAAACCGAAGCCGCGGAGUCUCAAAGCGAUUUGCACGACGCUCUUCAACCAAGUGCGGGGUCACAUCCCAGGGCAGAGGAGUCAUUGACACUGGAUCUGUAA